AUGUCUACAUUAUCUAGCAGAAAUAACCAACAAGAGAUUUAUAAAGACUUGCCUUCUUCUUAUGAUGAAUCACAAGCAUUAGCAGGUGUUCCAGUAGUUAAACAAAUUGAAAUGAUUACUGAAGAAAUCAUUGCUUUUUCUGAAGAAAAAAACAUGAAUAUGAAUAGUGAAAGAUUGAAAAAUCAAGAAAAAACUCAUAAACGUGAAAGAGAAGAAAGAGAAAGAAAUUAUAAAUAUGAAACAGAUCUUAUGCAACAAACUAUCGAUCAUUUAGAACAAACUAUUAGAACUUUACAGACUUAG